UCGGCACCUAUCUCUCAUCAAACACUUUCCUUUCUUCUCCAAAUUGUCUCGUCAUCACUCUCUCAUCUCAUCAAGAAGUCAAACACUAAAAUUAAAAGAAAUGGCGGUAAAGAGAUCUUCGAAGGUAACACAAACAGCAAUGUUAAAGCAAAUCCUCAAGAGAUGCUCGAGCUUAGGCAAGAAACAAUGCUACGACGAGGAAGGUCUCCCUCUUGACGUACCAAAGGGACAUUUUCCGGUUUACGUAGGAGAAAAGCGUACGAGGCACAUCGUACCAAUCACCUUCUUGUCUCAUCCCGAGUUUCUGAUCCUUCUUCAGCAAGCAGAGGAAGAGUUUGGUUUCCACCACGACAUGGGAGGACUCACUAUCCCUUGUGAAGAAGUCGUUUUUCUCUCUCUAACAUCCAUGAUCCGAUGAGAUGCAGAGAAAGUUUACAUUAUGAACAAAGACUAAAAUUCUUUCUUUUUGCCUUUGGAUAAUAAUUUGUUAUCCAAAUGGUUUUUUUUUCCUGGACUAAUCAAAACCUGUAAGAUCCACCUAAAAGAUCAUUCUCUAAGCGGAUCAUGUAAAUCUCCGGGUUUUUAGCACGUUAAUUCUCCCUAAUGGGGUUAGUAUUCGAUGGAACACAUAUGUUUUUUUUUCUUUUCAUUGAGCUGAUAAGUGGUGGCUUGCGCUAAUCGAUGAUUACCGCAGUGUUGGCCAAUUUUUUUAAGGUUUGAAUCUUGUGAUCGUUCGAGUUCUUUGAAACUAAGAAAUAUUCAAUCUUUGUAGUAUGUUCUUUUUUCACGGAUGUAUAGUACGUUUUGAGUUGUGUGCGAGUGAUGUAUAAAUUUAAGCUUCAAUCCUGUUAUUUUUAAUUAAUUAUAUAUUUUUAUUAUAA